UAUUCAGGUUGUAAAUCAGAGUAAAGGCCGCUGAGCUGCUCGGAUGCUGCAGCCGCCGCCUCCAAAGCAAAUGUUGGACGCGGAACAAGGAAGUUGUGCACCUGUUGUUGCCUCUUUAUCCACUUUUCAGCUCCGACUGCGGCCUCUGUCACUGAAGGUGUAUUGUGAAUUCACGCCAUGGCAGAAGCUGAGGAGGAAGUAGCUCCGACUGAAAAACAGCAGCCGCAGUUGAGCUCCUCUCCCAGCGGCCCCGAGGACUCCCAGCCAGCUGUUGUCCGCUCUGAGGGCGCCGAAGAGCGGCCAAAGGAGGACGGAGCGGCCCGGUGUGGUCCCGGUGGUCUCCAUGUGGAGCCAACUCUGGAUCAGUUUAAAAUCAGGAGGUUCUUCGUGUUGAGGCCUGGCACUCUGAAUCAGGCCAUCAAAGACGUGGAAGCUCUGGUGAAUAAGGAGGCGGAUGGCAGCGUUCACGGCAUGUGGCUGAUGGCAGAGGUGGAUCACUGGAACAAUGAAAAGGAGCGUCUGGUCCUCAUCACAGACAACACUCUCCUGGUCUUCAAGUACGACUUCAUGAUGUUCCAGUGUGAGCAAAUCCAGAAGAUCUCGCUGAACUUCAUUGACCGCAUUUCUUACGGCACCUUCAGUUUCCCAAAGCGCUCCCUGCUUCAGAGAGAAGGGGAGGGAGUUCGAAUCUUCUGGGACCGACUGAGGGAGCCCUCUUUCAGCUCCAGGUGGAACCCCUUCGCCACCGACUUCCCCUUCAUCACCUUCACUUACCACCCAGUGAGGAACAUCAGCGACACAUUUGCUGCUCUCUGCGACAUCCAGAACUUUCGUGAGAAGCUGAAGGAUGCAGCACAGAAAGCCCAUACCAUGAAACCAGUUCCUGGGAAAGCCAAUGGCGUCCUCGUCCUAAACCAGCAGAUCCACAUCGAUGCUUAUGUGGGUGCCAUGUCUUUCCUUGGGAACCAGAACAAACUGGGCUACAGCAUGGCUCGAGGAAACAUUGGCUUCUAAACUCUGUUUAAUAUAAUAAAUUUACUACUGUUCAUAUUGUUGGCUCAAAGUCUCUUUAGGUGUUCACAGUGUAUGAUUGACCAGAGGUUAUUCCAGGUUUACUUCUGUUUCACAGGAUUCUCAGGAUGUUCUAUGUGAGGUUUCAACUAUGUGAUCGCCCCCACUUCUUGUUAUCAGUGUGUGGUGUCUGACGACUCAGAAAUAUCCACAUUUCAGUGCCGCUCUUCACAGGAUGAUGGAUCCCUGCUACUCUCAAGGAGCUUUGUAUUUGCUCCUCAGUGAUAUGGUAAUUCAACUCUUUUGCAAUGGGACUCCGUUCUUCCUCCCCCGGUGUCUCUGGAAAAAGCCCAUUCCCAUGCCAUUCAGCCCCUUAGAGAUUCACUGGAGCAUGGGGGCACAUUUGUCAGCUUAGUUUUAUCAGUCAAAGUGUAUUUUUACAGUGCAUACAGUGCUGGAAUUUCCCCUUGGUUUGUGCAUUUACUAUGUGGUUCUGUACCUUGUUUGACAUCAUGUGUCUGUAACAGAUAUAAAAACAUGAUCUUACA